CGCGCGUGUUCCACCUCCUGACUCUCCCACCCCCUCCCCACGCACACACAUUCGCCCAUCACCACCCCACUACUCUCUUCCUCCUCCACCCUCCCGCCUCCGCAUCCCCGCCACACACCCCUCCACCAUGGCGGAAUACCGCGGAUGGCUGCUCAAAAAGGGCAAGAAGAUGAUGCAAGGGUACCGCAAGCGGUACUUUGUCCUCGCCGACAACAUUCUCAACUACUACGAGGACGAGUCCUGUACCGAGCAUCUCGGCAUGGUCGACAUGGUCAAGGUCGUUGAUUUGGUCUCGACCUCCAAGGCUGGCGAACGCAAGCAGACCUUCUCGCUUGUCGAUGGCGAAGGCCGGACGUAUUUGCUGGCCGCAGAGACUGAAAAGGGCAAGCUGCAGUGGAUGCAAGCGCUCAUGGCGUCUCGCCAAAAACGCCGUGCCGGCGGCGCUCGGGGCAAGACCUCGCGCUCGUCGCAGGCCAUUCUCUCGGCUCGCAGCUCAGUCGGGCGGGUGACACAACUGGUCGGUGAUAGCGACGACGCAGCUGCGUCGUCCAGCGAUGUCAGUGCGUCGGCGCUUGGCAACCCAUCGGGUGUGUGCGACGUGACCAUUAUCGGUUACCUCGGCCCGCUCUGCGAGCCAACCAAGGAGUUUGCCAACUACAUUAUUGCACCCGAUCUCUCGGUUGUGGACCAGAUCAUUACCAUUGGCUCUCUUCUCGGCGUCGAGAACGUCGAUUCCGACGCGUUUGCGCUUCGGGUCCGCGAGGGCGACUACUACCUUGACCGGCAUGUCCUCUUUGCCGAGCAGUACAACACGUUCCGCCACGCGUACCCGGCUGUCACACUCGAGCUCUGGGAGGCACCCGAGCCACGCGCCCGCAACCUUGUCCGCAACGUGCUUGACAAGUACACGCCGGGCGACAUGACCCACAAGCGCAUGCUCUUCUACCUCAAGUCGUGGCUCGCCGACUCGAGCUUUGCAGAGGAGCUUAUCGCCCUCAAGGUCAUCGACUCGCUCUGCAACAUCAUCUCCACUCACUCGGACGAGGCCAACGCUGUCAAGUACGCCCUCGAGGGCCUGCGCUCGGCCGUCUCGUACAUUUCGGGCAUGCGCUACCUGACCUCGUCCGAGGACCUCAUGGUCCAGCUCUACAGCCUCGUCGCCAACGUUCAGGUUGCCUCUCGCGCCAUGGAAGUCCUCAUUGCCAUUGUCGAGUACGACGUCGACGGCUUCCGGCUCAUCCACUUGGCUGCGCUCGCCGCGGCAGCCGCCGCGAACAGGGCGCCGUACGCUGAGCUGGUGACCCACCUCCGCGGCGCUGACUUUGACGCCAAAAUCAACGCUCUCGGCCUCAUCAACGUGCUCUUUGCAAACUGCAACGACCCCGAGCAGUACUCGGAGUUCUCCGACAUGACCCUCGACGUCGGCGUCCUCGCUCUCCUCCGCGAGCAGGAGGACUACACCAAUCCGGCGUUCUGCGCCCAGCUCGAGACGUACGAGAACCACACCGCCAUGCCGGUCUUCCCCACCAAGGUCCGCCUCGAGACCGAGCUUGAGCUUGUGGUUGCCUCCAACAAGGAGCUCGGCAUGCAGAACGAGCAGCUCAAGCUACAGGUUGAGGAACUCUCGCUCGGCGAGAACGACCGCAUCAAGCAGCUCGAGGCCUACAUCCAGCGGCUGCAGACCAUUGUCAAGUCCGAGGCCAAGGCCGAGGCAGUUGCUGAGGCUGAGGCCAAAGCCCAAGCUGCUUUUGACGCCCAGCGUGCCCAAAUGGAUGCCGACAUCCAAAAGGCUCAGGCUCGCGUCGCGCAGCUGGAGGCCGACCUCGCCGCCGCCAACAAGCAGGUCGCGGAUGCCGAGGCCGCCGCUGCCGCUGCCACCGCUGCUGCUGCCGAGGCCGCUGCUGCUGCCGCGGUGGCCCCCCCAUCCUCGACCGAUGACACCAAGCGCAGUGCCUCUGGCCCUUCCGCCUCCGGAAGUACUGUCGCCGCUGCUGCCGCCGGAGCCGUCGCUGGUGCCGCUGUCGGAGCCGCAGCCUCCUCCUCUGAUGGAGCCACUUCUCCAGCAGCCGGCCCGGACGGCCCGUCGACCGCGUCUGCCAUCCGGCCGCGCGGCCCGCAAUUCCGCAAGCCGGCGGUGACACCCAAGGACAAGAUGAAGCCACUGUUUUGGAACCGCAUCCUCGCACCGCUUGAUGCCGACGGCCCGAUGUCAAUCUGGCACACCAUGGAGGAGGCCGACAUCGACGUCAACAAGCUCGCCAAGACCUUUGCCGACACGGCCAAGACCAAGAAGCUCGGCGGGUCGUCGGGUGCCGCGUCGGCCGAAUCUGCGCCCAAGACCAUCUCGACGCUCUCGCGCAAGCGGUUCACUGCUGUCUCGGUCAUGCUCGCCUCGCUGCCGGACGUCAAGCCGCUCACCGCCGCCAUCAUCUCGAUGUCGGACGAGGUGCUCAAACUCGAGCAGGUGCAGCAGCUGCGGAUGCACGCGGCAACCGAUGAGGAGCUGAUGGCUAUGCGGGCGGCAGCGAGCGCGGCGUCAGAGGGCGGGCCUUCGCUCGACGCCGCCGACACCACGCUCCUUGCCCUCGCCGACGCCGUCCCGCACCUUAGCAAGCGACUCCAAGUCUGGGAGUUCCUCCGUGAGUUUGAUGAGGCCAUGAGUGACAUCCUCCACCCCAUGCGCCUGGUCAAGGAGGCGCUGGACGCGCUCACCACCUCAACCAAGCUGCAGGUCUUCCUCUCUGCCGUCCUUGCCGCCGGGAACUACCUCAACGGCGGAAACAAGCGGCGCGGCCAGGCCGACGGCUUUGGCCUCGACAUCCUUGCCAAGCUCUCGGCCACCAAGGGCGAAGGCGGCAUGUCGCUCCUCCUCUUCCUUACCUAUUGGUGCAUGGACCAGCUGCCUGACUUUGACCAGAUCUACAACGAGCUCGCAGGCGUUAUCGACGUCUCGCACGCCGGCCUCGACCUGCAGUACCUCCAGGGUGAGCUCCGCCUCCUCUCGAACCGUCUCAAGUCGGCUGUCGCAGGCGUCUCCGCUCCCAAGAUGGUCAAGGCGCAACAGGCCAUGGCCCAGGCUGAAAGCUCGUUCCAGCUUACCCUCGUGGCCUUUUCGGACGCCAUGACCUACUUUGGCAUCCCGGCCAAGAAGCAGGGCAAGAUGCGGCAGUCGUACAACGCCGAAGAGUCUCGCCGCGCCAAGGACGAGCGUCGCCGCAACCGCCUCAACAUCAACGCCGCCGUCCUCGCCAAGGGCAAGGGCAAGCGCAUCGCCAAGGGCGCAGACCCGAUGGGUGCCAUUGCCAACGCUGCCAAGAACAAGCGGACAAAGGGCAAGAACGGCUUUGGCCCCUCGCGCAACUUUGGCACAAUUCGCAAGAACUCGGGUAUCCGUCUUGUCGAGCCCGAGCGCCGGCGGGCUGUGCUGCAACGGCGCGAGACGGUGCUGUUGGUGGUGCUCGGGCUGGUGGCGGUGGGUGUGCUGGCGUGGCUGGGCGGGGUCGGUGACGCGGUGCUGCAAGAGAGCGCGACGGACGAGCCCACGCCCGAGUGGCGGCACGUGGCGGCGGCGAUCGAGGCGCCGCGGCUGGUUGUCGACAGCGCCCAGCCGCCGCGACUCAACAUCCUGGUCAUGGGCUUUGACUUUAAUUCGUUCUACGGCGGCAUGAUUGGUAUCUCGCAGUUUGCGCUCCGCGCCGCCCGGCUCGGCCUCGCCGUCCGCUGGGUCAAUCUCGGCGACGCGCCAUCGGUGCCGGACAUGGCCGCCGCGCUGCAGUCGUUCCCAGGCCUGGAGGAGCUGACAUCGACCAUCGAGUUUGGCUUUCACGCCGAUCGCUCCACUCCGCUCCUCGCCUCGCCAGCCGAUGUCUUUGUCGCCACCCAGUUUCUCAGCGCCCACGUCGCCGCCGCCCUGCACGCCUCACCGCUCCUUGCCUCACCACACUUUGUGUACUUUAUCCAGGACAUCGAGUCGACGUUCUUUGCGCACGGCACCAUGCAUGCUCUUGCCGACGCCUCGUACGCCUUUGAUCACCGCGCCCUCUUCUCCUACGGCUUUCUCCGCGACUACUUUGCCGCCAUGUCGCUCGGGGUCUUUGCGCCUGACACCGCUCCUGCCACCGGCAAGUACGUGGCAUACCAGUUUCCGGUCAAGCCUGCCGGCACACCGACGGCGAUGCAACUGAAGCGGACACCCGGAACGAAGCGCAAGCUCUUGUUCUACGCCCGGCCCGAGGCGCAUGCCCAGCGCAACAUGUUUGAGCUCGGAAUGAUGGCUCUCUCGGCAGUCAUCGCCUCGGGCGACUUCAACGUUGACGAGUGGGAGUUCCACGGCAUCGGCUCCAAGACGGCGCGGCCACACUGUGGCCUGCCGCGCGGCGCGUGCCUCACCAUCUUGCCUCGAACGGCGCCAGACGCCUAUCUCGAGCUGCUUGCCUCGUACGACGUUGGCCUCUCGCUCAUGCUUUCACCACACCCGUCGAUUCCGCCGUUCGAUUUUGCUGCCGCUGGCCUCGUCACUGUCACCAACACCUACACCGCCAAGUCGCGCGCCUCGCUCCUCGCCAUCUCGUCGAACCUCAUCCCUGUGCAGCCGACCAUCGGCGGCGUCGCCGACGGUUUGCGCGAGGCUCUUGCUCGGGUGGACAAUGUUGAUGCCCGCCUUGCCGGCUGCUCGCUCUCGCUCGCGUCCGAGUGGAGUGACGACGCCGCGCUCGGGCCGCGGACCCUGGCCCACAUGCUCGCGUGGCUCCCACCUCGGCUGGCAGCCACCGUUCCCGGACCUCGCCUGGUGGUCCUCGUCGCCGGCUCGGGUCUGCAUGGCCUCACAGACAUCCUCGGCAUCCUGCAGGCGAGCCCGUAUCACACCUGGCGUGUCGUGGCUCUCCUCGACAGCGCGGUCCUGACCGGUACCGCCGAGGCUGCGGCAGCCAUGGCGGCGAGCGCCGACGAGGCGCGACUCACUCUUCUCCAGAUCGCGCAGCCCGGCUGCACGGCUUGGCGCAAGGCGGUGAGCGAGGCGACCUCGGCUGCGCACGUCUUUCCGCCAUCGUCCAAGCCACCGACAGCGAGCGCAGUGGUGACACGGGCGAAAGCCACAGCACUCGACGCACUCCGCGCAUGGAUUCGGGCCGGCGGCAAGGGCAAGGAAGGAGCGGCUCAUUCCGGACUACUCCUCGGCCCGUUCGACAAGACUGACAACUGCAGCGGCAGCGGCGCCGGCAGCACCGGCGAGACCGCGACCACACCCAGCGCGGCGCGGUACGAGGCAUGGCUCACAUCCUGAGGUGAGCAACGACGAGCAUCACACCCCGUCGUCGGC